GAUUACAUUACAAAAAAUAUGACGUGUUGAGCAAGGCCAAAAUCAUGGAAGACGAAAAUCGAAACCGAAACUGAAUUUCUUUCCAUUGGACGUCACCUAAAAAGAAGUUAUGGUGUAUGACGUUUUAUUUGGUAAAUCGUGUACGAGGCAAGAGAAAUCUAUGCGCUGUAUGCAAUAGGAGAGAAAAAUCUGUAAAAAUAUCACGAUGGAAGGCAACAUUGUUGUAGAAGAAGAUAUUCAAGAUGAGAAUACAGUAAAUAGAUCACAAACAGAAAUGCUGACUUGUGAGAAAGGAACUGCAAAAAAAUUGAUAAUUAACAGAACUGCAAUGGGUGAAUAUAUUCCACAAGAUAAUGGCAAGCCAUUGACACAAUUAGCAAUACCUCUUCCUGGUGCAGCAGAUUAUUCUCCAAGCAUAUCUUUAACAAAGCCAUCACCACCACAAUAUUCAAUCGUUGGAAAGCCGAAGCCACCUUCAUGUUUGUUACUUAAAUACUUUGAUCCAUCAUCGAUUUGUAAUAUUGAUCUUUUUCCUGGUCCAAAUAAAUACAAAACCGAAGGAGAUAUGGUAUGGAGAGAUAGAGGCUUUCCACUUAUUGGUAAAAGCAAGUCAGGUUGUCAUGAAACCUGCUCAUUGGGACCAGCAGCGUAUUUGUUGACUCAUGGCAACCUUGCUGAAAAAAGCUCCAAAUGUAGCAUGAGUGGAAGACAAAAGAUUAUGCAUGGACCACCAGACUAUCGUGUCCAACCUGUUGAUAGUCAAGGUUUUAAAACACCAGGUCCUGCCAAAUAUCGUCCGAAAUCGAGUCAUUGGCAAAAGAACAUCAAAAAAUCGUUUGGACUGGCUCUACCUCUUCAAACUAACCAGUUAAACUCGAUAACCCCAGGUCCAGCUGUGUACGAUAUUCGUUGCAAAGACCGAGGUCCUGCUUAUUCUUUAAGUGAAAGACUACCAACACCAAAAGCAAGCAACAACCCUGGUCCAGCUGCCUAUGAUCUUGGUACAACUAUUGGUAAAGCUGUAGCCAAAUCUAUUUCCAGUCGACAGCCUGAAAUAUCCAAUUUAUGGGCGCCUAGUCCCAAUACGUAUGGAGUGCCAUCUCGACUUGGCGAAGGUCCGAAAUGCAGCAUGACCUAUCGAACGUUCGAAAGAAACGUGAGUCCACAGCCUGGUCCAGAUACUUACAAAUGCACUAUCAAAAACUUGAAAAAGCAGCCGGUGUAUUCAUGCAGAAAAGUUUGCCGACCCAUAUAUCCUGACAUUCUCAACUAUGCGGAGUACAGUGUAAUGAAGAACAGUGUUGUCGGACCUGGUACCUACGAUCAUCAAAACCGUUUUUCAAAAAAUGAUGCUCCCGCACAUUCGAUGGGAAAGAGAUUCCAAAAGAAAUCAGAGGAAACUCCUGGACCGGCUACGUACAACGUCAAACUUCCCGCACGUCCAGAUGGUAAACGCGUAGCAGCGUUCUCGAUGGGUAGCAGGAUUGAAGCAAGAUCAGGUACUGUCGGUCCAGGCCCUGCCGCUUACUAUCCAAAAGUGAAAACAUCGGCACCUCAGUACAGCAUGGGGAAACGAUACACCAAACAAAAAUCAUCAACAGCUCCUGCUCCGAACUCGUACAAAAUUCAUUCAGGACAAACAAAUCGUGGAAUUUUAAAAGGUCCAAACCCGACUUUAAAGGCUCGACCGAGUCCAUUUGUAUAUUCCGGUUUUAGACGAAUUUUAACUUAGUCUUUAAAAUAUGUUUCAUUGAUAUUUUUAAAGAUCAGUCUACACCAAUAUCACCCCCAAGUCUCUUCUACUCCAAUAAUAUACUAAAUAGCUUCGAAUAUAAGAAAGCCGGAUGAAAGACUGUUACGUAAAGAAGCUCAACCUCGUCAACCUGUGUUGGGACGCACUUGUUUCAAUAUUACCUAACAAAUCCUGGGGACGAGGUUGGAAGAAUUUGGCAAGCUGAAUAAAAUUUUGCGUUUUAUCCCGUUGUAAAAGAAGCGAGAAAACAUUUACUUUCUAUCCAAGAAAAAAAAGUUUCACUGAAAACUUUUGCUUUCAACUUUGUUUACAUCUGCCGGCUGUAUCCAUAGUGAUAUUAUAUUUUUAUGAUUUAUCUUUAUAUUUUGUAAUAUUCAUAAUAAUUUGGAAAUUAUUAUUCAGUUUUUAUAAUGAAAAUAAAGGUUAAAUACAAACGUGGAAACGUGGAUGAAGAAAA